AUGGCCGAAAUUGAGCCAGGCCGCUUGGGCAAAUCCAAAUCCUACGAUGAGGAAAACAACAAAUUUAUUCCAGCAAACAUCACACAGGGGAACCUUGCCAGCGUUAUUCCUCCCCAUGAGUCCUAUGAAGGAUACCAUCGAUUUGACCCCUCCACUACUUGGACCGCCCAAGAGGAAAGAAAUGUUGUAUUCAAGACCGACUUGAUGUUGUUGUCAUUCAUCUGUCUCAUGUUUUUUGGUCUUCAACUAGACCGUGGAAAUCUAUCGAAUGCCCUAACGGACAACUUCCUCGUUGAUUUGGGGUUGACAACCAACGAUUACAACAAUGGCACGACUAUCCAGUUGAUAGCCUUCCUUUCGACAGAAAUUCCGGUGCAACUCCUCAUUAAGCGCUAUGGGUUCAAUCAAAUCCUUCCUGCCAUGAUGAUCGGCUGGAGCUUGGUUUCGUGGACGCAAGCCUGGAUCACAGGUCGUGCUUCAUUUUACAUCACUCGCGCUCUGAUCGGCGCCUUUGAAGGUGGUUUCAUCCCGGGAACGAUCUUAUUCGCGACUUAUUUCUAUAAAACACGCGAAUUAUCCGUGCGCCUUGCAUUUUUUUGGUCGACACUCAACGUUGCCCGUAUUAUCUCCUCACUUCUUGCAGCGGGUAUUCUCCAGAUGCGAGGAGUCCAGGGAAAGACCGGAUGGUUCUGGUUGUUCCUGAUUGAAGGACUGCUCACCUUCAUGAUUGGGGUUGUUGCCUUGCUCUAUCUUCCUAAGUCUCCAACAAACACGAAAAGCUUUCUGAUUCCCCGGCUCUGGUACACGGAACGCCAGGAGGUGAUUAUGGUUAACCGUCUUCUCCGCGACGACCCCUCAAAGGGGCUCACUAAUAUUCAGGAACACGCCACUUUCCAGGAUCUCCUCGACGCCUGGUCCGACAAGUCGAUGUGGGGUCUCUACAUGAUCGGCCUCAUUGCAUACAUCCCGCAGAGCCCGGUCCAAUCCUAUCUGUCCCUGACCCUCAAACGCCUCGGAUUCACAACCUUUGAUGCGAACAUGCUUUCGAUCCCUUCAGCCGCGCUACAGAUUAUCCUCAUGCUUAUCCUCUGCAAGAGCAGCGAGAUUUUCAAAGAGCGUACCUUCCACUGCCUCUUUGGCGAGCUGUGGUCUCUGCCUCUGCUGGCAGCGUUAAUCGCCCUACCUAACGGCGGCUACAACUGGCCGCGCUUCACGAUUAGCACCCUGAUAUCAGGAUAUCCGUACUUCCAUCCGAUCGUGUCGGCAUGGAUCUCUGAAAACACAUUCGAUGUGAAGAAGAGAGCCCUCACCGCAGCGACGUAUAAUGUCAUCGUGCAGAUUGGAUCGGUGAUUUCAUCCCAAAUCUACCGCAGUGGCGACUCUCCGUACUAUCAUACCGGAAACAAAGUCCUCAUCUCACUAUGCGCUUUAGCACUAGUCGUGUUCAUCCUCCAGCGGGAGUUCCUGCGCUAUCUGAACCGCCAAAAAGAGAAGAAGUGGAAUGCUAUGUUGCCGGAGGAGCAAGAGAACUACCAAGCCGAUCAAGUUGCCAGGGAAAAGGAGGGCAACCGGCGGCUAGACUUCCGCUUUUCGUACUAG